CCAACAAAAUCAAAUUUUCUGGGUGGGAAACGAAUGCGGAUUUCAUUUUCCAGGUAAAACACAGAGCGAGAAUGAUGAACAAAGGUGGAGGCUUGGGAGGUGGGGUUGCCGGCGGUUCUGGAGGUGGAGGGGGUCCCACAGCCGCAGCAGCGGCCGCCGCCGCACAGAAGCAGAAGGCUUUGAUGCAGAGAGUGGAGAAUGAUAUCGCCAACGUUGUAGACAACUUCACCCACCUUGUCAGCGUUUCGCGGGUGACUGAUCUACCUGUCAGAAACUCACAAGAAGCUUUCAUGAUGGAGAUUCGAGCGGCCAGAAUGGCUCAGGCAGCUGAUUCUCUACUUAAGUUGGUAUCAGAGCUGAAGCAGACAGCAAUCUUUUCUGGGUUUGCAUCUCUUAAUGACCAUGUUGAGCAAAGAACAUCUGAGUUUAACCGAGAGGCUGAAAAAACGAAUCGGAUGUUAGCUCGAAUUGGAGAGGAAUCAGCUGCUAGUCUCAAAGAGCUUGAAUCCCAUUUUUACUCCUCUGCACAGAAGACAAGUCAGUAAAUCUAGCUGUUUAACCAUUUCAUUUUUUAAUUUCUCUUGGUAAACAAAGACGGAAACUUUUUUUUUUACAAGUAGAAAAUGAAGCCCUGGUCUCUUAUUCUCAAACUGAUUUUGCUUCCUAUUAAAAUAUUCCUAUUUUGAUCAUAUUACCUGGAAAAUUUUGAUGUAAUUUAAUAUUAUAAUAAAUUAUUGUUGCAUGUAUUUGGAAGUAGGAUGAAGUCGAUGCCAGUUUCAA